GCUGCUGCUCCCCGGCGGAGGCGAGAGGUGGCUGGGGGACCAUGGCUGACGUUUUCCCGGCCAACGACUCCACGGCGUCUCAGGACGUGGCCAACCGCUUCGCCCGCAAAGGGGCGCUGAGGCAGAAGAACGUGCACGAGGUGAAGGACCACAAAUUCAUCGCCCGCUUCUUCAAGCAGCCCACCUUCUGCAGCCACUGCACCGACUUCAUCUGGGGGUUUGGAAAACAAGGCUUCCAGUGCCAAGUUUGCUGUUUUGUGGUUCACAAGAGGUGCCAUGAAUUUGUUACUUUUUCUUGCCCGGGUGCAGAUAAGGGACCUGACACUGAUGAUCCCAGGAGCAAGCACAAGUUUAAAAUCCACACAUAUGGAAGUCCCACCUUCUGUGAUCACUGUGGGUCACUGCUAUAUGGACUUAUCCACCAAGGGAUGAAAUGCGACACCUGCGACAUGAAUGUUCACAAGCAAUGUGUAAUAAAUGUUCCCAGCCUCUGUGGAAUGGAUCACACAGAGAAGAGGGGGCGGAUUUACCUGAAGGCUGAAGUCACUGAUGAGAAGCUCCAUGUCACAGUACGAGAUGCAAAAAAUCUAAUUCCUAUGGAUCCAAAUGGACUUUCCGAUCCUUACGUAAAGCUGAAACUUAUUCCUGAUCCCAAGAAUGAAAGCAAACAGAAAACCAAAACCAUCCGCUCCACACUGAACCCCCAGUGGAAUGAGUCCUUCACAUUCAAACUAAAACCUUCAGACAAAGACCGACGACUGUCUGUAGAGAUCUGGGACUGGGAUCGAACAACAAGGAAUGACUUCAUGGGAUCUCUUUCCUUUGGAGUGUCAGAGCUAAUGAAGAUGCCAGCCAGUGGAUGGUAUAAGUUGCUUAACCAAGAGGAAGGUGAGUACUACAACGUGCCCAUUCCAGAAGGGGAUGAAGAAGGCAAUGUGGAGCUCAGGCAGAAAUUUGAGAAAGCCAAGCUUGGCCCUGCUGGUAACAAAGUAAUUAGUCCUUCAGAAGACAGGAAACAGCCUUCCAAUAACCUUGACAGAGUGAAGCUCACCGACUUCAAUUUCCUCAUGGUGCUGGGGAAGGGGAGUUUUGGGAAGGUGAUGCUGGCUGACAGGAAGGGAACAGAAGAACUGUACGCAGUCAAAAUCCUGAAGAAGGAUGUGGUGAUUCAGGAUGAUGAUGUGGAGUGCACCAUGGUGGAAAAGCGGGUCCUGGCCCUGCUGGACAAGCCCCCGUUUCUGACACAGCUGCACUCCUGCUUCCAGACCGUGGAUCGGCUGUACUUCGUCAUGGAAUACGUCAACGGUGGGGACCUCAUGUACCACAUCCAGCAAGUAGGGAAAUUUAAGGAGCCACAAGCCGUAUUCUAUGCAGCAGAGAUUUCCAUUGGAUUGUUCUUUCUUCAUAAAAGAGGAAUCAUCUAUAGGGAUCUGAAGUUAGAUAAUGUCAUGCUGGACUCAGAAGGCCAUAUCAAAAUUGCUGACUUUGGGAUGUGCAAGGAGCACAUGAUGGAUGGAGUCACGACCAGGACCUUCUGUGGGACACCAGAUUACAUCGCCCCAGAGAUAAUUGCUUAUCAGCCAUAUGGAAAGUCUGUGGACUGGUGGGCCUAUGGUGUCCUGCUCUACGAAAUGCUGGCUGGACAGCCUCCAUUUGAUGGUGAAGAUGAAGAUGAGCUGUUUCAGUCUAUAAUGGAACACAACGUUUCCUACCCCAAAUCCUUGUCCAAGGAGGCCGUUUCCAUCUGCAAAGGACUGAUGACCAAACACCCAGCCAAGCGCUUGGGCUGUGGGCCCGAAGGAGAGAGAGAUGUGAGAGAGCAUGCCUUCUUCCGGAGGAUCGACUGGGAGAAGCUGGAGAACAGGGAGAUCCAACCGCCAUUCAAGCCCAAAGUGUGUGGCAAAGGAGCUGAAAACUUUGACAAGUUCUUCACACGAGGGCAGCCCGUCUUAACACCACCAGAUCAGUUGGUCAUUGCUAAUAUAGACCAGUCUGAUUUUGAAGGGUUCUCAUAUGUCAACCCCCAGUUUAUACACCCAAUCUUGCAGAGUUCAGUAUGAAAAUCACCAGUGAAAACAAAUGCUUCUCUAUCCCCUACCCCAACCCCAGAAGUGGGAAAUUAUCCUUAACCCUAAAAUUUGAAGGCCACAGCCUGCGUCUUGUUCUACAUGGAGGCCUGAAAUUUCUAGUUCACAGGUGAUCAACUUUCAGGGUCUUCUCUCUUACAACCAAGAACAUUGUCUUAGUGGAAGAUGACAUCAUGUACAGUGUCCAGUUUAAUUAUGUAGAAGUCACACUUGGCUAUAGGUCAACACUUCCUAGAAAGCAAACAGACUCUUGCCCCUUUUUGGUACGAUUUGACAUAUUCUCCAUAUCUUCCAUCUGUGGAUUUUCACCAUCAAGAUCCCUAACUAGAGAUGUUAAAUGAAACUGUUCCAGCUCAAUGGACUGGAAACAUCUCCACCCAAGAUGUCUUUGGAAUGAAAGAAUGAGGAGCCCAGAGAGUGAGCAAAAAGGGCCUAGGGGUAGGAAAGGCUUCAAGAUAACUACUGCUUCUGUUCUCUGCCUCAGUGGAAAAAGAUCCUAGGAUCUGAAAGGCUAGAAUGGACCUAAUCACUUUUCCCAAAGAGUAUAAUCCAACUGUAGUCCAGCAGUGAAAGAAAGAGAAAAAGAAAAAAACGAAAACUUCAAAUGAGAGUUGGGUGAAUCUAUCAUCUCUUGCCCUACUGGUUGAUAACUAUCUUGAUACCUGCAUUCUUUUAAAGAGGCCAAAUCAUCUUAAGGAUUUUUCUGAAUAAGCAUGUGAAAUCAUUUCAGAUCAAGGAUAAACCAGUGUGUAUGUAUGUCCAUUUUAAUCUCUGGGAGAUUAUUCUUCGAUCCAGGGUGCCAUCAAUAAUCAUGCCACUAUUCAUGAGUGUUGUUAGCCAACCUCCCCCCCACACACAUGAAUAUUUUGGUACCUAUGUUGUUGCCCUUCCUAAGAAGCUGAAGUGUACACCCCACCCCUUUUUUUUUUACUUAUUUAUUUAGUAGGCUGCAGUGUCAUUUAUGAAAGUACGCUGUACAGUAAUUUAACAUUUUGACUCUAGCAUCAGUACCUAUUGAUUUAUUUUCCUCCCUUCUCUAGCCCUUCACAUCCAUUUAGGGAUGAAAAAUAAUACAGAUUGGGUUCCCACUUCCAGUUGUGUUGAAUGACACACCUGAAGCUGUAGAACAGGACACUUGGAUAUUUAUCAGGUGAAAAAAGAUGUUUUCUUGCUAGAAGGAUUUUAAUAUGUUUUGCAAAUGCAUCAUGCAAUGAAUUUUGCAUGUUUAUAAUAAUAAGUAAAUCUAUAUUAUUGAUAUAAUCGUAUCAAGUAUAGAGUAUUAAUUUUAUAAGAUACAACUGUGCUAUAUUUGUGAAGUUUUAUGUUUCUUAUCUGCUUUUAUAAUUAAGUUUUAGUUUAAUUCUUUGCUGCUGUACUUUCUUUUCCCCCUCCUCCUGCACAUUGGCACUGUAUCAGAUAUAUUAAUUUUGUAAUGUGGAUCUAACUUCAAAACUGAAUGGCUAUUUUACAUGUUUAAUUAGGAGAUACAUAUAUAUAUAUGUAUACAUAUAUAUGUGUGUGUGUGUGUAUAUAUAUACACACACACGCGCACACACACAUAUAUAUAUUUGAUUCCACCUGCAAAGUUUUGUUUGUGGGGAUUAUUUCUGAGAUGAGACUCUCUUAGCUUCUUAAUAUCCUCUUUCAUUUGAGUUCCUCUUCCUUUUUGUGACAGUGGGAAGGGUUCGAAUCCAGUUUGACCGAUGUGUUUGUGUACAUGUGGCAUUGUCACACCUGGGCUGAAGGGUGGGUGUGUGUGUGUGUGUGUGUUUCUGUGUCUGUGUGUUUUGUUCUUUCAGCUUGUCAUUGUUGGGGACUAGAAGGGAGUGUGGAUGGAACAAUUCCCUUCUUGCUGUGUGUAUCUGGGCACACCAGAAGGGUGCAGCCUGUCUUGCUGCCCCAAAGUGACCCACCAUUGUUCCAGCAGAUACAGACUUUGUGAGACAAACCAUGUGUCAGUCCCUGUAGCCACCAACACACUCUUUUCGGAAGCUGCACAUUUCAUUCUAGCUCUUGCUAGAAUUGGUCAUCCCCAUCCUGCGAUGGGCUUACCUUUGGCAAGACAUCCUCCCAAUGCAUUGUCCUGAGAAGAGAUAGUUUUCUGCAGCACAAAAAAGAAGUCAGAAUGAAAAAAGCUAUUGGUCCUUAUAGAAACCUGUUGUUUCCUCCAAAAGCAUCAUCUCCCAGCUAAGCUCUCCUCAUUUUUACUCUCUGGAUGUUUAUCUGAAGUUCAUGUAAUGCACUUACCUUGGAUCUUUGAUAUAAGAGGCCUGGAAAUCCCUAAUUGGAAGGAGACUUGGAGUAGGAAACAGGCCAGAGCAGAAAAGAGCAAUUUCUUUGGUCAUCUUUUUUUGGACUCUAGACUUCAGUACUCAAAAAGGGUCCUUGCACACUGACCCCUGAAGUCCUGAUGGUCAGCUUACAUUCUGGGGACAUGUCCUUGUCAGGACAUUCUGUUUUGUCUAAUGGGAAAAGAAUUUGUUUAUAGAAAGAGCCUGGAAGACAAAAGGGUCAGCCCCCUCACCCCAGGUGACGCAGCAACAAGGCUAAUCCCAGCCAAGCCCCAUGAGAUGAGGAAGUCCUGCAAAGGAAUACAGGUUGUGGACCAUUUUUCCAGUGUGCCCAGCUGCUGCUUAUUUUAAACAGCCAAAACACAGCUUAAAACGAUUGCUGCUCCUCUAGGAAAUAUGUUCCACCUCAGCUGUCUGUGUUUUUCAAGAAUGUGUGACUGUUUUUCAAAGAAAGGACCCUGACCAUGGGGCCAGCACUCUGCCUCAGGGACAACAGUCUAGAGAACAAACUGGGUUGGGUUGAGGGGUUAAUGGUAAAAAUCAGAGCCCGAGGAUGUGUUCACUGUGUAGCUUGUUCUAUUAAAUUUAGAGAAAGGAUAAUGCUUUGAAAAUCUGUUCAGCCCAAGACAGUUAAUGCCAAAAGACUAACUCAUGUGGAUAAUCUUUAACAACUGUGAUCUGAAGAAAUGACUGAUAAAAGUUCAAUACCAUUUUCUUAUUUCAUGGGCCCUGCAUGAAAUGGAACAGCAGGGAGAGGCCUACUCUUUGGAUUUGAGCAACUGAGUUGGAGGCUGGCAUCAGGAGGGGACCUUGAAGGGUCCAGUCCCUGGGGACUCUGGAGAACACUUGACCCUGAGCACUGCCUGCAUUGCCAGGCCCUGUAGACGAGAAUCUAGCACAUCUGAGUCUCUGCAGGACCCUUCAGGCUUUAAACCCAAAAGGCAAUUUAAAUUGUUCUGUGUUAUUUUCCCUUGGAAGGUGGCUGGUGCUCAGCAGCAGAACUCCUGUGGCUGUAGGCCAGUGAGCUGGCAGCCCUGCUUUUGGCAUCGCGUCCAAAGUCACCCAUUGCUUAGUCUGAAUGGAAGGAGCCAGAGUGUGCUGUGAGGUGCAGCCCUCGGCAUAAUAGGGUACCCACCUCCAGGCAGGAAGUAAUUCAAAAGGUGGAUGAGAGACCCCAGGAACCAAAGUGACUGCUCCUCACUACUUCUCCUUCUCUUUUAUCCACAUGGCCUCAUUUGAGUUGCAGAAUUGCUGCCUGCCUUUUUGCAAAGGAUACAUGAGGCUUUUUAUUCAGAAUUUUGGUGGAAAAUUGGGGGAAGGGGGUACACAGAGCUCUCUGGAUCUUGUCCUGAGUUGAUCGGUUGAAAGAUUGUCACAGACCAAGAUUAAUGGGACCUAGCCAAGGACUGUUGUUUGGUUCUG